GCGUUAGAAGAAAGUUUCAAGGAAUACGGAAGAAACCGAGAAGCAAUGCGACUUUGCCGAGAAGAUAUGCCAAUAUUUGGUCUUUGCCCGGCUCAUGAUGAUUUCUAUUUGGUGAUGUGUAACCACUGUAAUCAGGUCGUAAAACCACAGGCAUUUCAAUCACAUUAUGAAAGAAGACACAGCUCCUCCAGCAAGCCGCCUUUGACUCCUCCCUCCUCUUCAGUAUUUUCCCUCAUUUCAUCUUUCCCUUCAAAAAACAAAGGUAGCGGUGGAAGUGGGAGCAAUCGUUCAUCCAGUGGAGGUACUAGUGCAUCAUCAUCAAAUUCCAAGUUGUUGAAAUCACCCAAAGACAAGCUGCAGAUGAGCGGAAACAACAGGUUAAUGCAUUCGGUACAGCAUAGCAAAGUUCCCCAUGAUAAAAUUAUGACUCCAUCUGUCAAAGUGGAAAAGAUUCAUCCAAAGAUAGAUGGUGCCCAACUGAAAGCUGCUGUUGGUCCAACUUGUUCUACUACUGUGAGUUCCUCAAUAAAGACUGGCCUUAAUUGUCCCUCAAUACCAAAGCCACCCUUGCCUUCCCCUGGACAGAUACUGAAUGGUAAAGGUCUUCUCUCUGUGCCUCCAUUUUUGGAAAAGAAACCUGAAGAAAAUACAAAUAAUAGGAAAUUUUUACAUAAAAGAUUGUCAGAGAGAGAAUUUGAUCCUGAUAUAUACUGUGGUGUCAUUGAUGUGGAAACCAGGAAACCUUGUACUAGGUCUUUGACAUGCAAGACACAUUCCUUAACCCAGCGGAGGGCUGUACAGGGUCGAAGAAAGCGAUUUGAUGUGUUAUUAGCUGAGCACAAAAGCAAAACCAGGGAAAAGGAACUUCUUCGACAUUCGGAUCAUCAUCAGCAGAUGCCCCCUCUCAGGGAACCACAUCCCUCACCUACUAAAACUUCCCAGGAGCUGCACCAAAAUUCUUACGGAGUUACUCUUACAGAAUCAAAGCCUUUAUUACCUAAUAAACCCAAACCUCACCCCCCCAGUCUUCCAAGGCCUCCAGGCUGUCCAGCCCAGCACAGUGGAAAUGCCCCUAGUGAGUCUCCUUCUGUCCACGAGUCCCCGCACCCUCCCUUGCCUGCAGCUGAGCCAGCAUCUCGGUUAUCCAGUGAUGAGGGAGAAUGUGAUGAAAAAGAAGAGCCUGUUGAAAAACUGGAUUGUCACUAUUCAGGUCAUCAUCCUCAACCAGCCGCUUUUUGCACAUUUGGUAGUCGGCAAAUUGGAAGAGGUUAUUACGUGUUUGACAAGCGGUGGAACCAUAUUCGAUGUGCACUUGACUUCAUGCUGGAGAAGCAUCUUAAUUCACAGAUGUGGAAGAAAAUUCCUCCAGCGUCCAGCAACACAGCAUCCGUUCGUGCACCACAUCGGACAAAUUCGAUGCCUGCUUCACAGUACGGUGUCAGUGCAGCAGGUUUCCUCUUACCCACCACGGUUAUGUCAUCGCCAGCAUUGGUAUCUCCUUCCUGUGUGUCUCUGAAUAAUAAAUCGGUACCAUCACAUGGAACGACACUAAAUGCCAAUCCUGCUACUUUGGGUGCAGUGGAUCCUGUCUGCAGUAUGCAAUCAAGACAAGUGUCUUCAUCCCCUUCAACACCUACAGUGCUUUCCUCUGUACCUUCACCUAUGCCCAGCAAACCUCAGAAAAUGAAAUCCAGCAAAUCUUUUAAACCCAAGGAAUCUUCUGCUGGCAGUGGCACCUGUAACAGUACCGGCAGCGUCAGUAGCAGCGGCGGCUCAGGAAAGAAGCGUAAAAACAGUUCCGCACUGCUAGCACCUUCUCAUUCCACAGAGUCCUUUAGAAAAAACUGUGUGGUUAACUCUGGAAACUCUGGGACCUCCUAUCAUCCAUCGGUGACAGCUUCGUCCCACAGCGUUGGCCUCAACUGUAUGACUAGCAAAGCUAACUCCGUUAGCCUCAAACAUGACCAAUCAGGGAGGGGUCCUCCGACUGGAAGCCCUGCAGAAUCGAUAAAGAGAAUGAGUGUGAUGAUGAACAGCAGCGACUCCACGCUCUCUUUAGGGCCGUUUGUUCAUCAGUCCAGCGAGCUGACUGUAAAUUCACACAGCAGUUUUUCACAUUCGCAUACUUCCCUUGACAAAUUAAUAGGAAAGAAAAGAAAGUGCUCACCUGGUUCAAGCAGCAUAAACAGCAGCAGCAGCAGCAGCAAAUCAAACAAAGUUGCCAAAUUGACAUCGGUGAACAAUGUUCAUGCAAAACACACUGGUGCAAUCCCAGGGACGCAAGGGCUGAUGAACAAUUCUCUCUUUCAUCAGCCAAAGGCACGUCCCUAAUAACUGAAUGCACCAUGGUGAGAAACGAACUGGACAAUUUUCACUACAAGCAAAACCUCCAUCUGGAAUUCUGGACUCCAAGAUGCCUUGAGUUUUCCCAACUUCCCAUGGUCCUCAGGUGUGGAAAUCUACUGGACUGUCACUUAAACAAGGAAUUUCCCUGAAGCCAUGUCUGUAGCAGCGAAUAUACUAGAAAUGGACACUGGAUGAAGUUCAGCCACGUAAUUGCUCUUAUCAGUGUUAACGGUGGUCUGGACUGUUUGCUACAAAUCUGUGAGAUUUUUACUUACAGGAGUACAUCAUCUUGCCACUAUUUGACAUAGAUUGGCUGGGCAAACGAAUGUUUUCUGGGGGGAAAUAAACGUUACUGUGGACUUAUUUUUAUACUGAUGGUGUCUUUUGUAGGUGGUAGCUAACCAGACACCCUCAACGGAGAGGACCCCACGACAAGGGGGAAAAAUGUGUGAGGCACAAUGGAAAGAAGCCCUCAAGAAGGGAAUAUGGCUUUAGUGUUUUUAUAGCAAUGUUCCUUUAAUGGAAUAUAAAAAUAGCACAAUUCAAAAAAGUAGUCUGUGUUUUGCCCAGCCUUUUGCAAGUAAUUUGGGAUAAGAAGCUAUCAGGAGUUUAAAAAAACCCAAACAAACCAAACCCAACAAAAACCAGAAAAACUUGUUUGAGGCCGUCGCUCAGAAAACAAGUAUAAAAAUGUCGUACGUGCAUGAUACAAAACCUAUUUUCUAUUCUUUUGAUUAAGAUUUGAUUGCAAAAGAAAAAAAAAAGUUAAUUUUGUUUUUUUUUUUUUUUUUAAAAUCCAAACCCAUCAAACAGACAAAGGCACAUAACCUCUAAAACUCUAUGCCCAAAGACCGUAUUUAUUGACCUAUACUGUAUACCAUAGGCCUUUGUUAUUUAAAAAAAAAAGUAACAACUGCAUUGGUUAAAUUAGGCUGGAUUUGCCUUCCAGCCAGUAAAAAUAGCCCUUUUAAAACUAAGUAUUUAAAGUAUUUAAAGUUUUUUCUAAAAAACAUAGAAGUCAGCUACUUUAUGCCUUGUUUGUAUAACUAAAUUGUUAACAUGUUACACUUUCAGCCACUAAGUACGAUUUUUUUUUUUUUUUUUUUAAAUUCUGGAAUAAAUGCCAAUUUGACAGCCGAGUUCACCGUAAAGCGCAGAUGUGUGCAUCACAGUCAUCCCACACCUACCCAGGCUUCAUGAAUAAAGGGGGCUUUACACAGUUUUAUAUAGUCCAGUCAGUUUUUAUGAAAUACUUUGUCUUGCUUCAAAACACCUCAAAAGUGAAUUCUGCUAAAGGGCUUAUCGCAGUAUGAUUUGAUUCGUCUGGAUGCUUUUGUUAAGUUUUUAAACAUCAGGGGCACCAGCUGUUGCUGAGAAGAGACAAUCUGAGCCUGCCCAAUUGUUCGCGUAGCCCAGCCUUCUCCCCAGUUCUGGUGGCAAGUUGUACAUCAGGGAAUCCAAAGCCACUCUGAGUAGCAGUUGCUUAGUUGUUUACCUAACGAUGCUUUCAGUUUAACCUGAACUUGCUAUGAAAUCAUUGUUAUACAGCAAAACAACAAGAAGCCUCUAUGCAGACACUUUAGCUUUGAAUCGAUACAAAAGAUCACAUUGAGAAAGCGACGUACUAGAGACACUUAUUAUGCAAACUUAAAAACAAACAAAAAAAAAAUAAAGAACAUCAACUUUUCAGGAACAAAAGGAUUGGUAUUUAAUAAGAUGCCCUGUUGAAAGGAUUGUUAGAACUGCGAUUGGUUUAACGUAAAAGGAACCAAAGCGAUAUGCCACAAAGAGAAAUCAAAGCGUAUUAAAUCCUGCAUGUUUGGAGUGAAAUCCACGCUCUGAUGAAGUCCCUGGGGCAGAGCUUCCACUUCAGGAUAGCGUCAGUCACAAGUGCAAUUUGACUCUUGAUAGACAGAGGUAAAGGAAACAAAAAUUUGGCAAGAUUGGACGCUAGCAGGUUUGCGAUCGAACCCUCCUCCUGUUUGUUUGUUGUUGUUUUUUUUUUUUAAUUUUUUUAAGGUUCUGUUGAUCUGAAAGCAUAAAUGGCAAAUUCGUGCUCCUUCGAUAGCAUGCAGGCGUGUUUAAAAAGUGAAUUCCUGAGCGCUGCUCGUACAGAGCCAGUGUCCACAGUCACCUGCGUCGUGUGGUUUUAAGCCAUUGGGAGUAAAGCGUUAGAACAUCGUAAAUUCUGUCUGCCCUUGAGCAUAGACCUGCUUAAAUGUUAUGUUUUAGACCUCGGUUAUAAGCAGAACAUUGUUCCUGGAGCUUUUAUUGUCACAUAGUUCUUACUGUAAAUAACUAAGGAAGCUUAAAAUUAAUUUUCCUUGCAAAAUUGAAUUUGCAGUGGCUGGGUUGUUUCUAGACAGAUUUUGGUAUUAAUUUAAGAGAUACAGUUUUUAUAGUCUUUCCAACUUCUCGUUAUGACUCCUGCAGUUUUCUUAACCUAAAAAAUUGCUGCAAUGAUGAACAAAGAAUUAUACAAGAAAAAAAAAAAACAUACUUUUGUAUCUUUAUUUUGGAAUUUCUUGUUCUAUUAUAAAUAUUGAAGUAUCCCUAUUUCAGAAGACAUAUUUUGUUAAUUGAUUGUACAUAUUUAAAUAUGUAUUUUUGCACAGGUCUUUUUUUCUUAUAUCCAGUUUUGGUACAAUUGAGAUCAUCUAGUAUUUAUUUAUUAAUUAAUUAAAAAAAAAAAAAAGCAAAUACCUUUUUAUAAUUUGAAGUGGUUCACUGCCAAGCCAAUAGUUAACAUGCCUACUUUGCAACUUAAGGGAUGCCUCCGUUUCGUGAACGCUUGUGUCCCUUUUCACGUCUUGGGAGUGGAUACACGCAAACUAUCGCCCGGGUCCUGCGGUCGGGUUCCGCCCCGGGAACCUGAGCGCAGGAUCGGAGCCGAAAUGGUCGAUACGGCAUUGCUUAUCAGUUGCCUGGUUCCCGGAAGACUACGUUUAGUUAAGUGACACACUGCUUCUCUUUUUUUUUUUUAAUUUUUUUUUAAUUUUUUUUUUUUUUUUCAGUGUUCGUGUGCGUGUGUGUGCGUGCGCAUUUGUGUGGGUCUCAUGUGGUUUAAAACUAACGGAAAAACUGAAAGUGCCUGAUAUAACUCGUUUUAAGCUUGGACUGUUUAGACAGCUUCUCCUUAAAAGACUUGAAUGUUCAGUUGAAAUUUUGGAGCUUGCUUUUUCCACCGAUAUAUAAUAUAUGUAUGUGUGCGUGGGUGUGGGUGUGUAUAUGCACACGCACACAUAUAUAUAGGUAUUUUCUGAAAUGAAUGAGAUGGGUUGACAAAAGGAAGCGAACGAUGCUGAUAACUUUUGUAAAAUCUUUUCAUUAGAAAACGUUGUGUUGGAACAAUCCUGUUGAUAACUCGUAUUUAAUAUAAUGCCAAGGGUUUGAAAUAUGGUUUUAACCAGCAGUUUAUUUAACUAUCUCAUGUGGGGAAGGGAGGGGGAGGGGGGAGCUAUUAAUUCAUAAAUGAAAUAAUUUAGGAAAUGUUCAGAAUAGUUGGUAUUCCAGGAAAACAAAAAAACCCCACAAGUAAGUACCUCUUAAAACCAUUAAAAAGUAAAGAUGUGAUUUCCACAUGACAUUUCUAAGGCAGUUGUCUUCCUGUAAGAGUUCUCUUGCCAAGGAAUCUCUCUCGUCUUUCACUCAUUCUGUCCUGGAGGAGGGAAUUGGGCUUAGAAAGAUUCUUAAAUGUUUCACUGUUCAGCAGAAAAUAAUCAUUUUUACCUUUUGUGCAAGAUAUUUUACGUUUUAAAGAUAAUUUUAAAAUGAGCACUACAUAAUGUCAAUGUGAAUGUAGGCCUUGAAAGCAUCUUGCUCGGUGUUGAGCCUGGUUCUAAAAGCAAUCUCCUGUGUAAAAUGUGUGAAUAGUUUGAUAAUUUGUAUACAUAAUCAAGAGCAUCUGAUCAGCUGAACUCUGUGUUGGCUGCUGUAUAGUACAUGAACAAAUGUCAUGAGAUAGAAAAAUUACUUUGGAUAUUUAAAAGAAAAAUAAAUAUAUAGUCUAUUUGUUUUGUAACAAGUUUCUGUAAAUAAAAUAAUUUAUACUAUUUAUAAGAAAAAGUUGUGCUUUGCUUCAUGAAAAAGAUUAGUUUGUUGAACAAACAUGUUACUAAACAAGGCAAUAAAAUUAGGACUUUUCAAUAAAUGAGG